AUGGGCGAACAAUCUGUCGGAAAGAGCUAUGCUUUGAAUCAUUUCGUGGAUACAUCGUUUGCUGGGUCAGCGAUGCGAACGACCGAAGGUGUGUGGAUGUCUGUGACUCCGACUCACAGUGCUCUCGUUGUAGCUCUCGACUUCAAAGGGGUGCACUCAAUUGAAAGGAGCCCUCAAGAGGACGCAUUGCUGGUGUUGUUCCGUAAUAAUUUUGCUCUCUCCCGAGACAUCGCCGGGCUCUUUACAAGCUUCCAAUCAUCUUCAUCUAUCCUGGAUCCGGCAUCUAAUCCAGGAAUCUUCAACGGAACUCUCUGCAUCAUUAUACGCGAUGUUGUUGAUUCUGAUGCACGAGAAAUUGUCAACAAGUUUGUGACAGGUCAUUCAACCUUCAAACAAAUCAACUUACGACAUGCGUGGCUAUUGACUUCUAGAUUCAGUCUGAAAUUUCAGAAGAUUGUCGAAGAUGAAAAGGAAGAGAAUUUCAUCUCUCGCUUGCACCGUGGCAGAAUCAACAUCGUUCCAUGGCCGGUGAUCAACAGCCCCCGCUUUUACAGUCUGUUUGGGCAACUUAAAAAGCAACUCGAGCAACAGCAUGUAUCCCAUAGUAGCGCAGGUGUCUUCUUACACACUCUUAAGACGUUGAUGGCCAAGCUCAAGGCCAACGAUUGGGGUGCUUUAGACCAUGAGUGCUUAAUAUGGGGAACCAAUUUCGUUUAA